AUGGAACGUGAGUUUUGUGUGAAAAUCAGUUAUAGCAAAGCACGUAGGGGGAAGCUCCAUACCUUAAAUAUGCUACAUGGUACACCAAGGGACAGUUUUCAGAAAUUAUCUUCGUACUGUAACGUCGUAGGAGAAAGUAACCCGGGGACCGUUACCCACAUCGAAGUUGAUUCUUGUAAUAGGUUUCGUUACUUCUUCGUAGCUUUUGGUGCAAGCAUUCGUGGAUACAUGCAGUACUUGAGACCCGUUAUUUAUGUUGACGGCAGUCACUUGAAAGGUCCAUAUAAAGGGAUCGUGGAUGCUGAAACCAAUAAAUCGUGGAAGUGGUUUCUGUCGAACUUGAAAGACCUUAUAGGGGAUUCCGAAGAACUCGUGUUCGUUUCAGACAGGAAAAAGAGUAUUCAGAAAGCUAUUUCUCAGUUGUUUCCGUCGUCUCGGCAUGGUUGUUGUAUAUGGCAUAUGGAAAAGAACCUAAUACAGCAGUAUAACAACGCAAGCGUAUUAUUUCUAUUCAAACGAGCUGCUACAACUUUUCGGGUCGAGGACUUCGAACGACUCAUGGGACAGAUUCGUAGAGUGAGCGAAAGAGCGCACGGGUACUUAGAGCGAGCGGGAUAUUCAUUUUGGUUCAGAGCACUAUUUAUUGGACACCGUUACAAUAUUAUGACAAACAACAAUGCAGAGUCGUUGAACUCGAUGUUGAAAGAAGCCCGGUCGUUACCGAUAACCUGUUUGGUUGAACACAUUCGGAGUAUUAUGCAGAAAUGGUUUUACGAACGUCGAGUAAAUGCGGAAGAAUGCAGUACCUUAUUGACACCAAGGAUGGAGAACGAGCUACGGACGACUUUCGAAAAUGGAACUAGGCUUCGAGCCCAUGCCCUGACAAACAACUUGACGCAGGUUGGAAUAUCCAACGACACGGACAUAGUUGACUUGUCCGAAGAAACCUGCACAUGUCGUGAGUUCCAACUAAACCAUGUGCCAUGUGUUCAUGCAAGUCGUGCUGCUUGCUUUAGAGGGAAGACGUUGUACAAGCUUUGCUCCCGUUAUUAUUCAUCGGACUACUGGAAGGGUGCCUACAGUGAAACUAUAUAUCCUGUUCCGAGGGAAGUGGAUUGGGUUGUUCCGAGCUUAAUUACAUGUACUCCUAUUUUCCCACCACUCGUACGUCGUCCUCCAGGUAGACCACCAACCCGUCGUAAGCGUUCUAGGUAUGAGUAUGCAUGGUCUACCAGAAAAUGUACCCGCUGUGGUAGAGUUAGUCAUAAUCGGACCACGUGUUCAAACCCCCGUGUAUCACAUGCUCCUUAA